AUGGCGUACUAUUGGCUCGUUAUAGCGUUCUCUUGUUUCGGUGGCGUCAGACUACAGUACAUAAACGGCGGAGACGCGAGCGAAGCUAACCCACCCAACAACUACCACAAUUCGCCGCUGCCCCACACAAACUACUUCAACAUUCCCGCGCGCAACGACUUUGAGUACACCAAAGAUAUACCGAUACCGGCCUUCGAUCAGUUCUACCACAGCGGCGAGGGUCAGAGCUUCGACCUGAAGCGCAACCGCCGCACGAUAGACGGGAACGGUGCCGAGGCGGCAGAUAAUUUCUAUUUGCCGCGCUACGAGGGCGACUUGGCGAGAUUCAUCCAAAACCUGUCACCUAUCUCGAACAUGGGGGAAGACAACUCGACGGACGGGAACUACGAGAAGGGCCUUGAGAAGAGGAACUUCAGCCCUUGGGGAGGCAAGCGGGACGCGGCGAGCCUCCAGCACGUGUGGACGUGGAAGCGGGCGGCGAACACACGAGAGCCGAACAUGCCGAAGAGGGUGCGAUUCAGCCCGUGGGGGGGCAAGCGGAGCGAGCAGAUCAUCUACAAGUCCGGCACGAAGGGCGCGAAGGUCAUCUUCGCCACGUCCGUGCCGGAGCUGACGCGAAUAGUCACGAACUACUCGCCGAACGGGGGGCGAAUGGACUUAAGGGGAUUCCAGUUCGUGCCCGCUCGGGACAAGCGCCAUCCUAUCGAGAUCCUGGCGCUCAGCGCGAACGACGAGCGCACGCUGAGGGAGGCGCUGCCGUACAGAGCUUUCGUCGAGAGCAUACCGAAGUUCUUCAAGCCGGGCCACACGUACACAGACGUCGCCUUAAAGACCGACGGCAAGAGAAAGGUGAAGUUCAGCGCGUGGGGGGGGAAGAGGUCCCCGCCGAUAAUCGGCCCCAUAUGGACCCCCGCACCGCAGAACGUCAAGGAGUCGACGUUAGACACCAUCCUAGUCAUCAGGAACAACCCUGAACGCGACCAUGUGAUAACCAGAGAGCAU